GGCCAGACGUCCUUUCGCACCACAUUCAGCGGAUGUCCAGCAAGCAUGGACCGUUCCAAGGGAAGGCAUCACUGUUACUGCUGAAUUCACAGGCUUCUCAGGAACGAAAGAGGAUGCACUUGCGUGUGUGCCAGGGCCAUGAGGGUCCUUGCCGUGCUCCUGCUCAUCCUCCUGGCCCUGCUGCCUCCAGCCAGCACUACCAACCCUGGCCAGCCCUGCCUGUCGGAGAUGAACAAGGUCAAGGACCUCCUGGAGGUGAACUGCACAGGGCAGGGUCUCAGCGUGGUGCCCCAAGACCUGCCUAGGGACACGGGCAUCCUGCUGCUCAGCGGCAAUCGCCUGGUGUCCCUCUCCACUGACGCCUUCCUGCCCCUCGCCCAGCUGCAGGACCUCGACCUGUCUGACAACGGGCUGGUGGCUCUGCACACUGGGGACACGUUGCCGUCCCUGAGGGAGCUGAUCCUCUCUCGCAAUGCGCUGGGGGCUCUUCCCGCCCUGCACGGCCUGCCCUCACUCACCCGCCUGGCCGUGGCCCACAACAGCCUGGUGGCGCUGGCCCCGAAGGCUUUCCUCACUGUGGCGCGGCUGCAGGACCUGGACCUGCGAGGGAACCAGCUGCGGACUCUGCCCCAGGAGGCCUUUGUGGGGCUGAGGGCACUCAAGGACUUGGACCUCUCAGACAACCUCCUGGAGGAGCUCCCCAAGGAGCUGCUGCAGGAUCUGCAAAAGCUGGAGACCCUCUGGCUUUCAGGGAACCGCCUGCGGACCCUGCCCACCGGCUUCUUCCCUGAGGGGCACCUCUUCGCCUAUGUCUUCCUCACUGAGAACCCCUGGCACUGCGACUGCGACCUGCGCUACCUGCGGUCCUGGAUCUUGCAGAAUGAGGGCAGUGUCUAUCAGCCGGAGCGAGGCCUGGAGAAGACAAAGGUGGAGGUUGCCCCGGAGAGGGUGCUGUGCCACAGCCCCGCUGAGCAUCAGCGGAAGCCCGUUAUCCGCUUCAAGCCCAACUGCCGCAAUGUGGGGGAUAUGGACGAGGAGGAAGAGGAUGAAUAUGAUGAGGAGGAAGAACCAAUGGAGACAACUACCAUGAUCCCCUUCUCCCCCAGCCAGCCAGACAUCCCCAGAGAGCAAACUACUCUUCCCCAUGUUGUUACCCGGUCUCCCCUCGUUACUGCAAGACCUAACCUCAGCUCUGCCCUCACCCCAAGCACUUCGCAUGCAAUGCCUGCAAGCACCAGAGCUCCCAGCACCACCACCCCUGCGCCAGCCAGUCCCACCAUCACCCCCACACAGACCCCCAGCACUGCUGCCAUUCUCACUGCUGCUCCCGCCAGCACCCCACACAGAUCCACCACUCUCGUCUUCACCACCUCACUGCCAACCACUGUGAGCACCAGACCUCCCAGCAACAGCAGCCAUCCCCAAAUGGCCCUCACCGCCAGCACCACCAACACCCAUGCCACUCUCAUGGUGUCCACGGGCCCAUUUUCCACCACCUCCACCGCAGUGCCUUCUACUACCAUGCCAGAGGCCUCUUCCGUUGUCAGAUCUUCAUCUUCUCCUCUCACACCGACCACACCGAUCGUCUCCACCACCAUGCUUUCCACUCAUGCCCCAACGCCGCCAGCUCCCCUGGACACCACGCGCUUCACCCAGUCUGCACCUUCCCCUCCACCUGCACCUCUCCCCCUCUGCCCAUGCUCCAUCCAUGCUCCACCAUGGCUGGACGUACCCAUGCUGCACUCACGGGCCGGUGGGGAGGGCCCGCAGUGGGGGCAGUGGGUGCUGAGGCAUUGCUGCCUAUUGCGCUGGGUGCUCUACCUGGCCUCCUUGGCUUUGCUGGUCCUGACCGUGCUGGCUCUAGCAGGCUGGCUGGUGUGGAUGUGUCUGAUGGGACGGCCCUCCUGGCAGAAGUCCCUGCAGACCCAAGAGGUGCAGUAUCCACUGCUGAGGCGGAGGGAGUCAACAGGAAACCCUGUGAUGCAUCUCAGCAGCUUCAAAAGCCCCCUCCGGCGCCCCAUGUUCUGUACCAUCAAGGAAAUAGAGUUGUGCCCAGAGGUCACUUACUGCACGAUUAAAGACCUGGGGAUACAGCGCAGUCCUCCUGCAAGUUCCUCCUUCUGCACCACAAAGGAGCUGUGGGUCCACCAUAGGCCUCUGAAUUCUUCAUUCACGUCUUUCUCCAGGAAGCUGAGGGUAACAAACCUCAGCUCCCUGAGGACCCCUUCUGCCUACAGCCUGGACAGGGGUGUCAAGGCCAUCGGUGAUGUCAGAGUGAAAUAUGCUGGCAACACCUUGUAACUGCUUCUGUGUGUUUAGAGAAAGAGAUGGAGGGUCAUGUCUCUGCUUCACGUACCCUCAUUUUACAAGGGAAAGAUCUGCUUGCCCAUAUGGAAGCCAUCCAGCUCCUUCCCCUAGCAUUACCCUCCCACGCUCUGAGGUUUCUUUGUCUGAAAUAAUUACUUGGGUACUGGUCGGGGAGCGAUGUCCUAAACUGGUCGUGGGAUGAUUGAUGGAGGUGACUUAGAAACUAAUGUUAUAUUCACAUUUUAAGAAAAGGUACAGCGUUGAAGAAACUUCCAGGGUGGAGUGCAGCUGAUAUGCAACGAACGUGUUCCCCUGUAGUUCCCUAGGCCCCGCAAUCUUAGAGUCAGCAGAUUGUAAGGUGGAAAAAACCUGCAUAGAGAGCGGGAUGGUGUGAAGAUAUCGUAGCCAAACUCUGUGCAUCAGCACAGGGAAUGGGAACUUAUGGCACUGUGAAUACUGAUAAGCUGCAUCGUUGUUACCCUGAGCCAACAGUUUCUUAUUUUUUGUAGAACUCAUGCCCUUAAGUUGAACUUUGCUUGUUAUAAUGUCAUUAUAAUACCAAAACACACCUCCAUCCUAAAGGCUACCCACCUCCAAGGUGUGACCACCCCCUCACUGUGUCUGCACUCUGAAUUUUUGCUAGUCUAUACCUUUAAAUGCGAAGGGAGGACAUUUUACACCAAUCGUGACACAGGUAUGUAUGACUAGAGUCCCUCAAGCUCCACCCGAAAGGUAAAAAGUAGUAUAAAGAUGGUUUAAGAAUAGAGAGAUAUUGUGGAAGAUACCGUCGCAGACAAGUCAGGAAGACACCAUCAUGAACCAUCGCUGACUUCUGGCACCAGCUGACAGGCUGAGCCUCUUCCCCCCUCAUAGGAACACCUACUGGAAGAGAUCCGAAGACUCAGCUGUACCCAGUGCUUCCCUGGGAAACUUAGAAAUCUCUGUGUAGAGUUGUUCUACGCUACUAUCUUACUCAAGUUGUUUUAUGCUGGUGUAUUACUUGCAUGUGCUUUGCAGACAGUGUAUUAUCAAUGACAAUCCAAAAGACUCUGCAAUUCUGUGGCU